CACGUCUUUCCUGCGAGCGUUUCAGGCACAUAAGGAGGAAAACUGGGCUUUACCUAUUAUGUAUGCUGUAGCCCUCGACCUUCGAAUUUUUGCUAACAAUGCAGAUCAGCAGCUAUUGAAGAAAGGGAAAAGCAAAGUUGGUGACAUGUUGGAAAAAGCAGCAGAACUGCUGAUGAGCUGUUUUCGAGUCUGUGCCAGUGACACUCGAGCAGGCAUUGAAGAUUCGAAAAAGUGGGGCAUGUUGUUUCUUGUGAACCAACUGUUUAAAAUUUAUUUUAAGAUCAACAAACUCCAUCUAUGUAAGCCGUUAAUUAGAGCAAUUGACAGCUCAAAUCUGAAGGAUGAAUACAGUAUGGCACAGCGAGUUACGUACAGAUAUUAUGUGGGACGCAAGGCCAUGUUUGACAGUGACUUUAAGCAAGCUGAAGAGUAUCUGUCAUUUGCCUUUGAGCACUGUCACCGCUCAAGCCAGAAGAACAAAAGAAUGAUUUUGAUUUACCUGCUGCCAGUAAAAAUGUUGUUGGGCCACAUGCCAACAAUUCAGCUCUUAAAAAAGUAUGACCUUAUGCAGUUUGCUGAAGUAACCAAGGCUGUGAGUGAAGGCAAUCUUCUCCUACUGAAUGAUGCUCUGACAAAGCAUGAGACCUUCUUUAUUCGAUGUGGAAUCUUUCUUAUCCUUGAGAAGCUGAAAAUCAUCACGUACAGAAAUCUCUUUAAGAAAGUAUAUUUACUACUCAAAACCCAUCAGCUAUCUCUCGAUGCCUUUCUGUAUGCCCUGAAAUUUAUGCAAGUAGAUGAUGUUGAUAUUGAUGAAGUCCAGUGCAUUUUAGCUAACCUUAUUUAUAUGGGUCACAUCAAAGGCUAUAUAUCUCAUCAGCAUCAAAAGCUUGUGGUCAGCAAGCAGAACCCAUUUCCUCCGCUGUCGACAGUGUGUUGAGUAUUGUGUCUUAUCCAGGCAAGUACUUUUGAGAUCCUCAGCUUGCCCAGCAGAGCUGCUCCUAAUCUCCCUGAGAACAUUGUAAAUGAUCUUGUUCAUGUCCUGAACUGGAAUACCAGGAACUGUUUGUGUCUUCUUUCCCAGAAUGACCAAGACUGCCAGUGUUACAAAGUGCAUUGGAAUAAAAUGCAAACUUUUCAAUGAUAGCUUCUGCAGGCUUUCUAGACCAUUCAAAAUAUUUCAUGAGGAAAUAAAGCAAUGCGUUCCAAA